UUGCGAGUCGUGAAACGAAACGGAUAUCGAGGCGGACAGUCUGCAUAUAGAAAAUUGCAAUAGCAUGGGAUUUUAUUUUUUUUGAGUGCCUCCUCUCAAUUGUGUAUGUCUGUGCGUGUAUGUGAAGUGUAAAAGCAACGCAAAAAUUUAACUCACACCGCAGGCAAAGAAACGAAAACAACAACAACAACAUCGAGAGAAAUACGAAGAGGCAACAACAAUAUGGCGUUUAAUGCCGCCGCAUGCAAAAAUUGCAGCAUGCGAUUGCGGCGCGGCGAUUAAUACAAAUAUCGCUAUCGAGCUAUAGUUCAGUAUCGCUAUCGUUAUCGCUAUCGCUAUCGUCAUCAAAAUAUUCAAAUAUUCAUUUUUUUUUUCUAUUAUUUUUUCCACUUUGUGUCCUUUGUGUUCGUGUGUCUGUGCAUGUGCAAACAAAUCAAGUUAAAGGAAAAUUCGAAAAAAUCAAAUAAAAUAAGCACAGAAACAACAACGCGACUCCUAUACGCUUUUAUGUGCGUGUGUGUGUGAGUGUGAGAAAGGAAGCAACGCGUUUUGUCAUCGUUGUUGUUGUCUUUGUCUUGUCCUCUCUUUGAAUAUCAUCCGCUUCAGUUAAUUUCAAAGUUUGUUGCGGUUGCGCGUGGAAAUGUCGCCGUCGUCAGCGUCGACGUCGGCGUCGCUGCAUACAACAAACGGCAAUGCGCGGCACUUAAUUGUUCUAUUCGCCUGGCUGCAAAAUACAUAAAAAAAAUUAAAUUAAAAUAGUAAAAACAAAUUGAAAAAAAAAACCAAAAGUCAAAGUGAGACAACAACAAACAACACACUUAAAUUACUACACAUACAACAACAACAUCUGCAACAACAACAACAACACCAAACCACUAGCAAAAACUCAAAAGCAUAAAACGCAAAUAUUAAACUGGAUUACAAUGCAGUUGCAGCGCAGCAGACGUCGCUGUCGCGCACACACAAUUUGGAUUAACGAAAUGUUUGCGGGCGUCGCGCUGCUGCUGCCGCUGCUGGCGCUAGCUAAUUUCAGCAGCGCACAAGCGACGGAAACGAGCUCCUCCCUGGCGGUCUCCUGCACCACAUUGGGCUGCAAGAAUGGCGGCACAUGCAUCACACAGACCAAUGGCAAAUCCUACUGCUCUUGCGAUACACGUUACGUUGGCGACUACUGUGAACAUCGGAAUCCCUGCCUGACCGGCCAUGGACGUUGCCAGAACGGCGGCACCUGUCAGGUGGCCUUUCGGAAUGGCCGACCGGGCAUCUCGUGCCAGUGUCCGCUCGGCUUUGAGGAGUCACUCUGCGAGAUAGCCGUGGCCAAUGCCUGUGAUCAGGCGCGUUGCUUCAAUGGCGGCACUUGCCAACUGAAAACGCUUCACGAAUACAGCUGUAUCUGUGCCAAUGGCUAUACGGGCGAUCAUUGCCAGACACAGAAUCUGUGCGCCAGUUCGCCAUGUCGCAACGGUGGCACCUGUUCCGCUUCGGCUGGCAGCAGCAGCUUCAGUUGCAACUGCCCGCCUGGCUUCACCGGUCACACCUGUUCCGAGGAUGUCGAGGAAUGCCAAUCGAAUCCCUGCCAAUAUGGCGGCACCUGUGUCAACACGCAUGGCUCUUAUCAAUGCAUGUGUCCCGCUGGUUACACUGGCAAGGAUUGCGAUACCAAAUACAAGCCCUGCUCCCCCUCACCCUGCCAAAAUGGUGGCACAUGUCGCGCCAACGGACUCACAUACGAUUGCAAGUGUCCACGUGGUUUCGAGGGCAAGAACUGUGAUCUGAAUAUCGACGAUUGUCCGGGAAAUCUUUGUCAAAAUGGCGGCACAUGUGUGGACGGUAUCAAUGAUUAUCGGUGCAACUGUCCGCCCAAUUUUACGGGACGCUACUGUGACGUGGAUGUCGAUGAGUGUGCACUCCGUCCGUCAGUGUGUCAGAAUGGCGCGACAUGCACGAACACGCACGGAACGUACAGUUGCAUCUGUGUGAAUGGCUGGGCGGGAAGCGACUGUAGCGAGAACAUUGAUGAUUGCGUCCAGGCGGCAUGUUUCUAUGGUGCAACAUGUAUCGACGGAGUUGGCAGCUUCUAUUGCCGCUGUACGGCUGGCAAGACGGGACUGUUGUGCCAUCUGGAUGAUGCAUGCACCUCGAAUCCUUGCCACUCCGAUGCCAUUUGUGAUACGAGUCCGAUAAAUGGAUCUUAUGCCUGUUCCUGUGCCACGGGAUACAAAGGAGUCGAUUGCUCCGAGGAUAUCGAUGAAUGUGACCAGGGAUCGCCGUGUGAACACAACGGGAUCUGUGUGAAUACGCCGGGCUCGUUUAUGUGCAACUGCUCGCAGGGAUUCACGGGACCACGCUGUGAAACGAACAUCAACGAAUGCGAAUCGCAUCCGUGCCAGAACGAGGGAAGCUGUCUGGAUGAUCCCGGUACGUUUCGUUGCGUCUGUAUGCCCGGAUUUACGGGUACUCAGUGUGAGAUCGAUAUCGAUGAGUGCCAGUCGAAUCCGUGUCUAAAUGAUGGCACCUGUCACGACAAAAUCAAUGGAUUCAAAUGCAGCUGCGCCUUGGGAUUCACGGGUGCCCGUUGCCAGAUUAACAUCGAUGAUUGCCAAUCUCAGCCGUGCCGGAAUACGGGAAUCUGUCACGACUCCAUUGCCGGCUAUAGUUGCGAGUGUCCGCCGGGAUAUACGGGUGCCAGCUGUGAGAUCAACAUCAACGAUUGCGACUCGAGUCCGUGUCAUCGUGGCAAGUGCAUCGAUGGCGACAAUAGCUUCAAAUGUCUGUGUGAUCCUGGAUUUACGGGCUACCUUUGCCAGAAGCAGAUCAACGAAUGCGAAUCGAAUCCCUGUCAAUUUGGUGGACACUGUGUGGAUCGUGUUGGCAGCUACAUCUGUCAGUGUCAGCCCGGCACAAGUGGCAAGAACUGUGAGAUCAAUGUGAACGAAUGCCACAGCAAUCCGUGCAACAAUGGUGCCACUUGCGUUGAUGGCAUCAACUCGUACACCUGCAGCUGUGUGCCCGGAUUCACCGGCCAGCACUGUGAGCUGAAUGUGAACGAGUGUGCGAGCAAUCCGUGUGCCAACAAUGGCGUCUGCAUGGACAUGGUCAAUGGCUACAAGUGCGAGUGUCCCCGUGGAUUCUAUGAUGCACGUUGCCUCAGCGAUGUCGAUGAAUGCGCCUCGAGUCCGUGUGUGAACGAUGGUCGUUGCGAGGAUGGCAUCAAUGAGUUCAUCUGCCAUUGUCCGCCCGGAUAUUCGGGCAAGCGUUGCGAGGUGGACAUCGAUGAGUGUGCGAGUAAUCCUUGCCAGCAUGGCGGCAGUUGUUUUGACAAACUGAAUGCCUUCAGCUGCCAGUGUAUGCCCGGCUAUACGGGACACAAGUGCGAGACGAACAUUGAUGAUUGCCUGAGCAAUCCCUGUGCCAAUGGCGGCACCUGCAUCGACAAGGUCAAUGGCUAUAAGUGCGUCUGCAAGGUGCCAUUUACGGGACUCAAUUGUGAGAGCCAACUGGAUCCGUGUGCCAGCAAUCGUUGUCGCAAUGACGCCAAGUGUACGCCGAGUCCGAACUUCUUGGAUUUCGCAUGCACCUGCAAGCUGGGCUACAAGGGACGCUACUGUGACGAGGAUAUCGAUGAGUGUGCGUUCAGUUCGCCAUGCCGCAAUGGGGCAAGUUGCCUCAAUGUGCCCGGCUCGUAUCGUUGCCUCUGCACCAAGGGCUACGAGGGCAGAGAUUGUGCAAUCAACACGGAUGAUUGUGCGCCGUUUCCAUGCCAGAAUGGCGGGACAUGUCUGGACGGGAUCGGUGAUUAUUCGUGCCUCUGUGUGGAUGGCUUCGAUGGCAAACACUGUGAGACGGAUAUCAACGAAUGCCUGAGUAUGCCGUGCCAGAAUGGCGCCACCUGUCGACAGUAUGUGAACAGCUAUACGUGCACCUGUCCACUUGGAUUUAGUGGCAUGAAUUGCCAGACAAAUGAUGAGGACUGCACGGAGAGUUCGUGCCUCAACGGUGGCAGCUGUGUCGAUGGCAUCAAUGGCUACAAUUGCAGCUGCCUCGCCGGCUACAGUGGCGCCAAUUGUCAGUACAAGGUGAACAAAUGCGAUUCCGCGCCCUGCCUCAACGGUGGCACGUGCCACGAGCAGCGCGACGAAUACACUUGCCACUGCCCCAGCGGUUUCACGGGCAAACAAUGCUCCGACUAUGUGGACUGGUGUGCCCAAUCACCAUGCGAGAAUGGCGCCAGUUGCAGCCAAUUGAAGCAUCAAUUCAACUGCAAAUGCGCCUCGGGAUGGACGGGAAAACUGUGUGAUGUGCAGACGAUCAGUUGCCAGGAUGCGGCACAGCGGAAGGGACUGAGCAUGAAGCAGCUGUGCAACAACGGAACAUGCAAGAAUCAUGGCAACAGUCACGUCUGCUAUUGCAGUCAGGGCUAUGCGGGCAGCUACUGUCAGCAGGACAUUGAUGAAUGCGCCUCCCAGCCCUGCCAGAACGGUGGCACCUGUCGGGAUCUGAUUGGUGCCUACGAGUGCAGUUGCCGUCAGGGAUUCCAGGGACAGAAUUGUGAGCUGAAUAUCGAUGAUUGUGCACCGAAUCCAUGCCAGAAUGGCGGCACCUGUCAUGAUCUGGUCCAGGGAUUCAGCUGCAGCUGUCCGCCCGGCACACUGGGCAUCAUUUGUGAGCUGAAUCAUGAUGAUUGCGAGCCGGGUGCUUGCCACAACAAUGGCAGCUGCAUCGAUCGGGUCGGUGGCUUUGAGUGCUCCUGUCCACCCGGAUUUGUGGGCGCUCGUUGCGAGGGCGACAUCAACGAGUGUCUGAGUAAUCCGUGCUCGAAUGCCGGAACACUCGAUUGCGUUCAGCUGGUGAACAACUAUCAUUGCAAUUGUCGUCCCGGCCACAUGGGACGUCACUGUGAGCAUAAGGUGAAUUUCUGUGCGCACUCGCCCUGCCAGAAUGGCGGCGUCUGUAGCACCAAGCAGAGUGGCCACCACUGUGUCUGUGCGGAAGGGUUUUACGGCAAGAACUGCGAGUUCAGCGGCCAGGAUUGCGACUCGAAUCCGUGUCGGGCCGGCAACUGCAUCAUUGACGAUGCCGGCGGCUAUCGCUGCGAAUGCAGUCGCGGCACAGCGGGUGAGCACUGUGAGCUGGACACGCUGGACGAAUGCCAACCGAAUCCUUGUCUGCAGGGUGCCGCUUGUGACAAUCUGCUGGGUGAUUACGAUUGCCUCUGUCCCAGCAAAUGGACGGGAAAACGUUGCGAGAUCUAUGAUGCCAGCUAUGCGGGCUGGUCAGGUGGCAAUAAUCCAGGUGGCAACACUGGCUCAGCGAAUGGCAACAGUGGCAACAGCAAUGCCAACAACAAUCUCAACGCUGCUGGCAAAUACGAUGCGGACUUGGAGCAGCAACGUGCGAUGUGCGAGAAACGCGGUUGCCCCGAAAAGCAAAGCAAUGGGGUAUGCAACAAGGAGUGCAACACAUACGCAUGCAACUUCGAUGGCAACGAUUGCUCGCUGGGCAUCAAUCCGUGGGCGAACUGCACAGCGCCCCAAUGCUGGAAGGUCUUCAUGGACGGCCAAUGCAACGAGGAGUGCAACAAUGCGGCAUGCCUCUACGAUGGACGCGACUGUGAACAGAAACUGAAACGUUGUGCGGCCGUCUACGAUGCGUAUUGCCAGAAGCACUACGGCGACGGAUACUGCGACUACGGCUGCAACAAUGCCGAGUGCAGUUGGGAUGGCCUCGACUGUGAGAAAUCGGAGCAAUCACCGCAGCUGGCCGAGGGCGCCAUGUCCGUGGUCAUGCUCAUGGAUAUACGGGAGUUUCGACAGCAGCAGGCGCAGUUCUUGCGGGAAAUGAGUCACGUGCUGAGGACAACGGUGCGGGUGAAAAAGGAUGCGGAUGGCAAUGACAUGAUCUUCACGUGGAAGGGCACCUCACCCAUGUCCGACAUACAGGACUCGGAAUUCGGUCGGAAACACAAGAUACUCUACACCCAACGGGAUGGACAGACGGGCAUACAAAUCUACUUGGAGAUUGAUAAUCGCAAGUGCACGGAAUGCUUCAAUCGUGCCACCGAAGCAGCCGAAUUCCUUGCCGCUUCCGCUGCAAAGCAUACGUUUGCGAAUCGUUAUCCGAUUUAUAGUGUCCGUGGUGUACGGAGUCCCGGAGAGUCGGCUGAUGAUUUCGAGUCGCCGGCAAAUGUCAAAUAUGUUAUAACCGGCAUCAUUUUGGUCAUCAUUGCGUUGGCCUUCUUCGGCAUGGUGCUCAGCACCCAGAGAAAGAGGGCACAUGGCGUCACCUGGUUCCCCGAAGGUUUUCGUGCGCCUGCCGCGGCGGUCAUGUCGCGACGUCGUCGUGAUCCACACGGCCAGGAGAUGAGGAACCUCAACAAGCAGGUGGGACUCGCCCAGGCGCAGGCUCAUCAGAUGCCCGGUGGAAUUGGAGUUGGCGGUGGCAGCCAUUGGUCGGACGAUGAAUCGGAUAUGCCACAGCCGAAACGACAACGUGGCGAUCAGCUCAACAGUGUCGGCCUGGGCGGAUUGGGUGGCCUGGGUGGCGGCAGUGUCGCCGGCUUGGCCAGUGUCGGCUAUGCCAGCGAUCAUACGAUGGUCAGUGAAUACGAGGAGGCGGAUCAACGUGUCUGGUCGCAGGCACAUCUCGAUGUGGCGGAUGUGCGUGCCAUAAUGACGCCGCCGGCGCAUCAGGAUGGUGGCAAACACGAUGUGGAUGCACGUGGUCCCUGUGGCCUGACCCCCUUGAUGAUUGCAGCCGUCCGUGGCGGUGGCCUGGACAGCGGCGAGGAUGUGGAGAGCAAUGAGGAUAGCACCGCCCAGGUGAUCUCGGAUCUGUUGGCGCAGGGCGCCGAACUCAAUGCCACCAUGGACAAGACGGGUGAGACAUCUCUGCACCUGGCUGCUCGCUAUGCACGCGCCGAUGCGGCCAAGAGAUUGCUCGACGCUGGCGCGGAUGCCAAUUGUCAGGAUAACACGGGACGGACGCCAUUGCAUGCGGCUGUUGCCGCCGAUGCCAUGGGUGUAUUCCAGAUCCUGUUGCGUAACCGUGCCACGAACUUGAAUGCACGCAUGCAUGACGGAACCACACCACUAAUCCUUGCCGCCCGUCUCGCCAUUGAGGGCAUGGUCGAGGAUCUGAUCACUGCCGAUGCGGACAUCAAUGCAGCCGAUAAUUCCGGCAAGACAGCGUUGCAUUGGGCAGCUGCCGUUAAUAACACGGAGGCGGUGAACAUUCUGUUGAUGCAUCAUGCGAAUCGAGAUGCCCAGGAUGACAAGGAUGAGACGCCACUGUUUCUCGCCGCCCGCGAGGGCAGCUACGAGGCCUGCAAGGCACUGCUCGAUAACUUUGCCAAUCGCGAGAUCACCGAUCACAUGGAUCGCCUGCCACGCGACGUUGCCAGCGAGCGACUGCAUCACGACAUUGUCCGACUGCUCGAUGAGCAUGUGCCACGCUCCCCGCAAAUGAUCAGCAUGACGCCACAGGCGAUGAUCGGCUCACCACCACCGGGCCAGCAGCCACAGUUGAUCACACAGCCAACGGUUAUCGCUGCCGGCGGUGCAGCGGGCAAACAGAGCAGCCAGGCGGCCAAACAGAAGGCGGCCAAGAAGGCCAAGCUCAUUGAGAGCAAUAGUCCCGACAAUGGUCUGGAUGCCGCAUCGGGCAAUCAUCCUGCUGCCAACAUGGGCAGUUUGCGUCGCAAGGCCAGCUCAAAAAAGGCCAACAAUCAGAACAAUAACAACAACAGCAACAACAACAACAACAACAGCAAUAGCGCGGCAUCAAAAAAGGCCAUGAACGGCUUAAGUGCCGGACAGCUGCUGGCCAAUGCGACGGGGCCAACGGUGAACAAUUGUGCGGAUCUGGACUCGCCGCCGCCGUCAACAGCGCAAGCCGGAAACGGAAAUGCGAACGGGAAUGGGAAUGGGAAUGGGAAUCUGGUGAAUCUGCCGAGUCCCUACGACACCAGCUCCAUGUACUCGAAUGCCAUGGCAGCGCCGCCGAACAACAACGGAACGAAACAGCCGCCGAGCUAUGAGGAUUGCAUCAAGAAUGCACAAUCGCUGCAAUCACUGCCAGCCAACAGUCUGGACAUGAUUAAGCUGGACACCUAUGGCUAUUCGAUGGGCUCGCCAUUUCAGCAAGAAAUGCUGAACGGACAGGCGAUGGGCCUGAGCGGGGGACGCAGCACAAAUACGCUGUGUGGCCUUGGAGGCGGUUUGGCUAAUGGGGGUCACGAGCAGGGACUCAGUCCGCCCUAUUCGAAUCAAUCGCCGCCGCAUUCGGUGCAAAGCAGUUUGGCGCUAUCACCGCACGCAUAUCUGGGCUCGCCAUCGCCAGCCAAAUCGCGACCCAGUUUGCCAACAUCACCGACGCACAUACAGGCAAUGCGGCAUGCCACACAGCAGAAGCAGUUUGGCAGCAAUCUCAACAGUCUGCUCGGUGGUGGCAACGGUUCCCUUGGCCCGCAAAGUUCACCCGUUAGCCUGGGCAUCAUUUCGCCCACGGGCAGCGAUAUGGGCAUCAUGCUGGCACCUCAGUCCUCCAAUAAUGCUAAAAGCAGUGCAAUAAUGCAGACGUUGUCUCCGCAGCUGCAACAGCAGCAGCAGCAGCAACAACAGCAGCAGCAGCAGCAGCAACAACAGCAGCAACAACAACAGCAGCAGCAACAGCAGCAGCAACAACAACAGCAGCAACAGCAACAAGCGAUUGGAGGUCUUGAGUUCGGUUCAGCCGGUUUGGACUUGAAUGGAUUUUGUGGAUCUCCGGACUCAUUUCACUCGGGUCAAAUGAAUCCGCCUUCAAUACAAAGUUCAAUGUCGGGUUCAUCGCCAUCGACGAACAUGUUGUCGCCAUCGUCACAGCAUAAUCAGGCCUUCUAUCAGUACCUAACGCCGCCCAGCCAACAUUCGGGCGGACAUACGCCACAGCAUCUGGUGCAGACGCUGGACAGCUAUCCGACGCCAUCACCGGAAUCACCCGGACAUUGGUCAUCGUCAUCGCCACGAAGCAAUUCGGAUUGGUCUGAGGGCGUUCAAUCGCCGGCGGCCAACAAUUUGUACAUCUCCGGUGGACAUCAGGCCAACAAGGGUUCCGAGGCCAUUUACAUUUGACAUGAGCGCACCUAGGUGUUGUGCUUACUGCAGCCAGAGAGAGAGACAGAAUGAUGACAGGAUGAUAAUGAUGAUGGAUGAGCACUCAAAGAGCGCCCAUUGGCCAGCCAGAGGGCUAGCAAAGUUUUUGACUUUUAAUCAAUCCAACAACAACACGACAAGAUUCCCAACCCAAUCACACACACACCUCCCUACCUCCCUUCCAACACAUCCAAACAAUCUCUUUUUUUUUGCCUAGAACUUAAGCUUUAAUUUAAAACAAAACAAACGUAAUAAUUGUAGUAAUUUAAAUGAUUAAUCUUAAUCUUUGUUGUACAGUGCGCGUUGAAAUCGUAUAUCGUAAAUGAUAUAUCGUAUAUAAACACAAUAUAUAUACAUAUAUAUAUAUAGUUUUAAGUAGUUAGUGAACAGUUUCGCCCUCACACACACAUACACAAUAACAAUAACAAUUUGUGUGCGCAAAAGUUUUGAACAAUUCAAAAAAUAAGAAUAGAAAACAAAAAACAAAAUUUUAUAUACAUUUUUUAAUCGUAGGGAAAACCCGUUUCACAGCUUCCAGUAAAACAUAAACGAACGAAGAAUUCAAAACAAAAACAUUUAUAAUUAGCGCAAAUUAUUUUUAUUAUUAUUAUGUAUUGUAAUUGUAUUUUGUAAUUGUCGGCCAACGUUUUUCUCUUGCGCCCUAAAUAAGCUUAAUUAAAUUCAAUUAGUUAACAAUACAAUUAGAGCAUCGACUUCGUUUUACCGUGUACUAUUAAGUUUAAACAAACACAAAAAAAAAAAACAAAAAACAGAAUUCAUUAAACUAAUUGCAUAAUCUAUUAUAAUACAAUGUUUAGCUGUUAGUUUCGCAACUGAAGUGCUUAUAUAAACAAAAUUGUUAGCUAUACUAUAUAUACAUAUAUACGAUUACAACAACAAAAACAUUCUGCAAAAAAACUAUAUACAUUUUUUUUUUACAUUUAAAUUUAAACUUUUUAUGUAAUUCUACAUAUAAAUCUAUUUAGUUAAGCAUAAAUUGUAAAAAGAUUCUCAUAAUUGUUUGAAUUAAGUUGAAAACACACAAAAAAAAAGACAA